CUUUUCUAGUUAUAUGAAGCAUGUCGAUACCUUGCUGCUAGGUGUCAUUUUGCUGCAAAGGAACACCAGCAAGCUCUUGAUAUCCUUGAUAUGGAAGAACCAAUUAACAAAAGAUUAUUUGAAAAAUACUUGAAAGAUGAAAGUGGGCUAAAAGAACCUUCUAAUGACUGGGAGAUGUCCCAAUCUUCAAUUAAGAGUUCUAUUUGCCUUUUACGAGGAAAGAUCUAUGAUGCUCUAGAUAAUCGAACCUUAGCAACUUAUAGCUACAAAGAAGCCUUGAAGCUUGAUGUCUACUGCUUUGAAGCAUUUGAUCUUUUAACAUCACACCACAUGCUGACAGCACAAGAAGAAAAAGAGCUACUUGAAUCCCUACCUCUUGGCAAGCAAUGCACAGAAGAACAAGAAUUGCUACGUUUUCUUUUUGAGAAUAAGUUAAAGAAGUAUAAUAAACCUAGUGAAACUGUCAUUCCUGAAUCUGUAGAUGGUCUGCAGGACAAUCUGGAUGUGGUAGUGUCUUUGGCUGAAAGACAUUAUUAUAACUGUGAUUUCAAAAUGUGCUACAAGCUGACUUCGGUAGUAAUGGAAAAAGAUCCUUUCCAUGCAAAUUGUUUACCUGUGCACAUAGGGACUCUUGUGGAACUAAAUAAAGCAAAUGAGCUAUUCUAUCUCUCUCAUAAAUUGGUGGAUUUAUACCCUAGUAAUCCUGUAUCUUGGUUUGCAGUAGGAUGUUAUUAUCUAAUGGUUGGACACAAAAAUGAACAUGCCAGAAGAUAUCUCAGUAAAGCCACAACACUUGAAAGAACCUAUGGACCUGCAUGGAUAGCUUAUGGACAUUCAUUUGCAGUUGAGAGUGAGCAUGAUCAAGCAAUGGCAGCUUACUUCACAGCAGCACAGCUGAUGAAAGGGUGUCACUUACCAAUGCUGUAUAUUGGAUUGGAAUAUGGUUUGACCAAUAAUUCAAAGUUGGCUGAAAGAUUUUUCAGCCAAGCUCUAAGUAUCGCACCUGAAGAUCCUUUUGUUAUGCAUGAGGUUGGAGUGGUUGCAUUUCAAAAUGGAGACUGGAAAACAGCUGAAAAAUGGUUUCUUGAUGCAUUAGAAAAAAUUAAAGCCAUUGGAAAUGAGGUAACAGUUGACAAAUGGGAACCUUUGUUGAACAACUUGGGCCAUGUAUGCAGAAAACUUAAAAAGUAUGAAGAGGCACUAGAGUACCAUCGUCAAGCCUUAGUGUUGAUUCCCCAGAAUGCUUCUACCUAUUCUGCCAUAGGUUAUAUACACAGCCUAAUGGGCAACUUUGAAAGUGCAGUUGAUUAUUUUCACACGGCUCUUGGACUUAGGAGAGAUGAUACAUUUUCCGUUACCAUGCUUGGGCAUUGCAUUGAAAUGUACAUUGGUGAUUCUGAAGCUUAUAUUGGUACAGAGAUAAAAGACAAAUUGAGGUGUUAUGACUUUGAUGUACAUACAAUGAAGACACUGAAAAACAUCAUUUCACCUCCAUGGGAUUUCAGGGAAUUUGAUAUAGAAAGACAGACUCUGGAAGAAACUGGGCUUAUACCAUUAGAAACGUCACAUCAUUCAAGGAAGAACACAGAUUCUAGGCCUCCAUUGGAAGAAACCUUUGAAAUUGAAAUGAAUGAAAGUGACAUGAUGUUAGAAACAUCCAUGUCAGACCAUAGUACAUGAUUCAGAGCCUUGGUCAAAAUUUCAUUUUGUCCUGAUAUGUUAGUAUUUUGUCACAUCCUUGUCAUGUUUGAAGAAUUUGCUAUUUUUUUAUAUGAAUCCAAACUACAUCUCUACAUCUAGCAGCGGAGAACUUAUGCCUGCCUUAAAAGACUGGAUAGCACACCUUCACAACAGAUGGUUUUCCAAUUUUACUGAUUCUAAAAAAAGUUACACAUUAUGGAAUAAAGAAGGUAAACCAUCUUAUGUUUUUUAAACUGUAAUGAGACCCUUUGACUGCUAUUAAAACUGUGAUAAAUACUAAGAAAUUAAUAUGAAAUUGUUUACAGUACAUAUCAAAAUUAAUUUAAAACAGCUAAAGGUUAUUAUAGUAUUAAGGCUACCAGACUUAUAGCCUAUCAGUGAAGCACAUUUUGUCAUUUUAAAAAAAGCCAAAAGAAUUAUAGGGAAUCUUAGUGUAAAAUUAGCAUUUUGUUCUUUAAAAUAAAUAACUUCGAAGUAAUCCAUUGAUCUUUUUAACUUCUGUGUUUUAGUAUAUGGGAGGCAUGUGUUUGAUUUCAUCUCAUUUUUGUAUAUUAAACUGAUGACCAAGUUUUUAAACUGUGUUAAAUGUUAGGUUCUCUUGUUCUAUUUUGGGCAAUUAAUUUUAGCAUCUUUAGUACUUAUGUAAUUUUAAGAUUGUGUGAAAGAGGAUCUGGCAAUUAUUUUUAAUGGUACAUAAUUUUAAUGUUAUGAACAGAUGACAUCUAAUUAUAUUAUCUGAAACUGAUUUAUAAAGUAUAGAGAAGCUUUCUCCUGGUAUAUAGCAAAAAGAAGUCUCCUAAUACUAUAUUGAGUUAAAAUGUAUAGUAUGACUUAUUUUGAAACUGAAACUGUGAUCUUUUUUUUAUUUUGUAGUUUAGUCACUUUAAUUAGCAAGAAUCACUCUACUGUGAACUCACUGAAAAGAUUUGUAAUUUGUUUUGUCAGGGAACCAAAAAGAGACUGCAGUGCUUCAAAUGUUAAACUUUACAUAUUACCCCUUCAGUAGUUCAAAUACCAUUGUGUAUAUUUAGCAAGUAUUUUUUAUUUCCCUUGUUCCUUUUUGACUCUGGGAUGGGUUUGAUUUUUUUUUAAACUUAGUCAUGUCCAUUUCCACUUAUGAAAAGAUUAUAGACACAGAUAUAUUGCCUGCUUGAUGGUAUUUCUAAGUCCACUGCCAGUUUUUUUUUUUUAAUUUCUACACUGUAAUAACCUGUAAGCUUAUAAUGAAUGUUAGUAUACUACAUUGAGACAGCUGUUUUGGCUACCACCACAUCUAUUCAAAUUCUCUCCCCGUUUCAGCCACCUGCCACCUGUGUUAUCUUGGACAAAUGAUUUAACAUCUUUGGGCCUCAAGUAUCCUCAAAUUUAAAAUGAGGUGAUUAGACUUGGAUGGCCUAGGCUCCCUUCCAAAUCUAAAUCUGUGAUCCCAUGACCCUACAGAACCAAGAAUAGUUUUGAGAAAUCUUGUAAAAUGACAGUUGGUGAGCUAGAACUUGUUAGAAGGGACAUAAAGAACUACGUACAGAAGGGUAAUAGUAAUGUUGUCGCCUGGCUGGAUUUUGAAGCCCCAAAAGUGGUACCAUAUUCUUUGAGUUUGACUUGACCCUUACAAAGCUUCUCUGCU